CUCCAUUUGGAUUUCGGACUCGACACCGCUCUCUCAAAUAUAGUUAACCCGCAACAGAUUCAAAUCCGUCUUCUUCUCCACUUCUCACCCUGCUUUUGUUCUUCUUGAGCUUUGAAAUCCCCAUAAACACCCCCGGAAAACCCGAAAUUGCCACAUCUGUAUUCUCCUCCAUUUACUCUCCGAAACACAGUCGUUUUGACUCACUCCACACGCUACUCAGUCAUGGACGGAGGCGCAAACUACAAUCCCCGCACUGUUGAAGAGGUUUUCAGAGAUUUCAAAGGCCGCAGAGCCGGCAUGAUCAAAGCCCUAACUACAGAUGUGGACGAAUUUUAUCAGCAGUGUGAUCCCGAGAAGGAGAAUCUGUGCCUUUAUGGAUUUCCAAAUGAACUAUGGGAAGUCAAUUUACCUGCAGAAGAGGUGCCUCCAGAACUCCCAGAGCCUGCACUAGGGAUCAACUUUGCAAGAGAUGGAAUGCAAGAAAAAGACUGGUUAUCUUUAGUUGCUGUCCAUAGUGAUGCAUGGUUGCUUGCUGUUGCCUUCUAUUUUGGUGCCAGAUUUGGAUUUGAUAAAGCUGACAGGAAGCGGCUCUUUAAUAUGAUAAAUGAUCUCCCAACCAUAUUUGAAGUUGUGACUGGUACUGCAAAGAAGCAAGUAAAGGAGAAAUCAUCAGUGUCCAAUCACAGCAGCAACAAAUCCAAGUCAAACUCUAAAGUGGUGCCACAGCAGCAACAGCCGCAGCAGCGGGGAUCUGAUUCUCAGGGAAAGUAUUCUAAGACACCACAGAAGGAUGAAGAUGAGGGCUUGGAAGAGGAAGAGGAAGACGAGCACGGCGAGACAUUGUGUGGAGCAUGUGGCGAGAACUACGCAUCAGAUGAGUUCUGGAUUUGCUGUGACAUCUGUGAGAAGUGGUUCCAUGGCAAAUGUGUGAAGAUCACCCCAGCUAGGGCUGAGCAUAUCAAGCAGUACAAGUGCCCAUCAUGCAGCAACAAGAGAUCUCGCCCCUGAUAUAUAAAACUAAUGAUUAUAUGGUGUUUCCACCGUUGUACUCUUCUCAGUGGAUCAUCUUUAACUGCCUUGCCAGUCAGGUUCCUUCUUUCCUUCCUUGGUGCUGUAUUUAGCGAGACUUGUGAAUUGAAUUGCUACUUUAGUUUCGGGGAUCUCAGUUGAUAUAAUACUAUUUAUUUGUAGUUUGGUGAAAAUAUGCUCCUGUUUAAUUUGAAACAUCUUAUUCUCCCUUGUUUUCCGACUAA